AUGUCGGAAUUCAGUCAAGGAAUUUUCAACAUUAAGAUUCAACAUCAACAAAACGAUAAAUUUAACGACAUCAAAUAUUUGAAAAUUAUGUGUCAAGAAAUGUCUGGAGUAGACAAGAAUACAAAUGGGAAUAAUUUUUCACAGAUUGUUAAUUCACAAGAAUUGCGGUCGAACUUACAAAAUAUUUCAAGUAUACUAAACACAGGAUUAACACCAGAAACAUUGGAUAUUUGUAUUCAAUUGUGUGAAGCUGGUGUCCAUCCUCAAGCGUUAGCCAACGUCAUACAACAAAUAAGAAGAGAAGUGGCACAGAUUCAACAUGACAGCAACAAUCAACAAUAAUAUUCGUGUUCGAGAAAAAAAUCUCUUGUGUCUGGAAGCAAGCUGCCAAAACUAAUAAUUUUCCACAUAAACACGCUUACCUAAUUGUUAAAUUGAUAAACUCUAGUUUAUAAUGCACAAGUUUGUAUGUUCUUUUCUUCCUGCCAAAAAAUUAUUUGUUUCUUUAUAGCUAACGUUAUUAAAUCAAUAAUAUUGAAGAUUCUCAAUUUUUGUUCACAAUAAACUUUAAUUACAUAAUUAAAAUACAUCUCGAUAUUUAAAAGAAAUUCGAAAAAUACGUUGCAAUGCGAUUGUUUAGUUUCAGCUGAGAAAGCUUAUUGAUGGUAA